UGGACCCAGAAAGCUGAGACGUGUUCAGGUAGAGAGUACAGAACACAAAGCUAAUUUGCGCCGCUGGCGGGUGAUCAAAAUCCGGUCGUUGAUUCCCGUCUGGCCCCUACCUGAAUCUCCAAUCCCCACCGAUUGACUGAAACCAUAUUUUCUUGAGUUUUUCUGUUUAUUGAUAUUAUGGACAGAGAGAGCGUGCGCCGCUGUGCACACAUAAGAAAUUCAUGAAAGAGCUUUCCUUUUUUGGGUCUGUACGGACGGUCCUGGUUUUUUUUUUUUCCCCAUUUCUAUGGAGGAGGUUCCGAUCGAAACCCUAACCCUAAUUCCAAUCCUAAUUGAGGUUUUCUGACGAUUGGAGUCCCAUAGAAGUUCUUUGGAAUUGAAAACAAGGAAACAAAAAGGAAGAGGAAAAUCUGAGAGUUUGCCUUUUUUUGGAGUAGAGGAGAGGCUGAAUUAGAAGCUCUCAGAGUGCCCAGCUGUGCAAAAAUGGAGUCCAAGGAGCUGAAUUUGAACAAAGACUAUGGCGGUGGGAAUAAUAGUAGGGGAGGGGAUGGGUUUAUAGAUAGGAGCAAGGUGAGGAUUUUGUUGUGCGAUAACGACGACAAGAGCUUGGAAGAAGUUCUGACUCUUCUUUUGAAAUGCUCUUAUCAAGUGACUCCAGUGAGGUCAGCUAGACAGGUGAUUGAUGCACUGAAUGCAGAAGGACCUAAUAUAGAUUUAAUACUAGCUGAACUUGACCUUCCAUUGGCCAAAGGCAUGAAGAUGUUGAAGUACAUCAAUCGGGAUAAAGAGUUACAGCGCAUUCCCGUGAUCAUGAUGUCGGCACAAGACGAGGUCUCUGUUGUUGUCAAGUGCUUGAGGCUUGGAGCAGCGGACUAUCUUGUAAAGCCUUUACGCACAAAUGAGCUAUUAAACUUGUGGACACACAUGUGGAGAAGAAGGCACAUGCUUGGACUUGCGGAGAAGAACAUUUUGAACUAUGAAUUUGACUCGGUGGCCUCGGACCCUAGUGAUGCUAAUACGAACAGUACUACUAUGUUCUCGGAUGACACAGAUGACAAGUCUUGCAGGAGCACCAAUCCUGAGAUGGGAUUGUCAACCCAUCAGGAAGAUGAGUCUGCUAUAAUAGAGCCUCCACAAAUUGAUUUAGUGGAAUAUCGACCUGAUGUGCCAGGAAUUAGUGACCGGCGAACAGAACAAUUUUCGUCUUGCCCAAAGAAGAGUGAGCUAAGGAUUGGUGAGUCUUCCGCCUUCUUUACUUAUGUCAAAUCAAGCACCAUUAAAAACAACUCUCAAGGGGUUGUCAAUGUUGAUGACAAUGGUGCUCAAAACUUGAGGAUGGGAGAGAAACAUCAAGAAUGCAGUGAACAAGUGGUUGCUGAUCCCCAAAUACAUGAAAAUGGGGAAGCAGGAGAAAGCUAUUCGCAGGGAGAUGAAUUUCCCAGCAGUAAUAGUAUCCCAGAUUCUCUUUCAAUGGAGAGGUCUUGUACCCCACCUGCAUUAGUGGAACUCCCGCAGCAAAGGGAUUUCAAGGAUGAAAAGUUCUCUCAAGUGAUUUCGCACCCAAGAAAUCAGCAUCAAUUUGAUGUUUCUGGCUUACCAGCACAAGCUGCUUUUCCAUAUUGCAUUCCAGGAGUUGUAAAUCAAGUUAUGAUGCCAUCUGCAGCACAACUGUAUCAAAAGAAUCUGCAUGAGCUGCAAAAUCAUGCAUCUAAAGCUAUGAUGUCUCAGUACCAUCAUGUUCCGCAAUGCCCUCCUCAUGUUAAUGGAAUGGCAUCAUUCCCGUAUUACCCUGUUAAUAUAUGCUUACAACCUGGUCAAAUGUCUACUUCUCAUUCUUGGCCAUCAGUAGGAAGCUCAUCUUCCCCUGAAGUGAAUUUGAAUAAAAUGGAUAGAAGAGAAGCAGCAUUGAUGAAGUUUAGACAGAAAAGAAAGGAGCGAUGUUUUGACAAGAAGAUUAGGUAUGUUAAUCGAAAACGACUUGCUGAAAGAAGGCCUCGUGUACGAGGACAGUUUGUGAGGAAGGUAAAUGGUGUAAAUGUAGAUCUUAAUGGGCAACCCACUUCUGCUGAUUCUGAUGAGGAUGAUGGAGAGGAUGAGGAGCAGCAUGCUUGAAAGGAUUUCUCUAAAAAAGCAUGCUAGGGAUAUUAAUGUCGAUGACGGUUCUUGGCAAUCGGCUGGUUCCCUUCAGUGUGGUAAUUACCUUUUAAGUUGUUAAAUUUCUAGAAUUUCCCUUUACCUUUAGCUGUUCCCAAUGUUGAUGCAUGAGACCUGGGUGCUUCAGUUUUUCACAAACAAAAAAAAUAAUGCAUCCAUCCAAAUAUAGAAGGCAUUGGAAGAAUAUAUCAGUGAAGUGAAUAGCCUUUUUCUGUAAGCUCAAAACAGUUGCUGACUGACAUGUUUCACUAAUCUGAAGAGGUUGGAACGAUGAGGAAGAAAUAUCAGAUAUCUGACUGAUCUUUUGACCCUGAGAUUUCAGUUCGCCUUCUUUCCGCCUAUAGGGCAUUUCUGUACUCUAAUAGAUUGUCCUCUAAUAGCUUGAGAGGAUAUCCUUCCUUCCUUCCUUCUUUCUGUCUUUCUUUCUUCUUCUUCUUCUUCUUCUUCUUCUUCUUUUUUUAAUUUAUUUUUUAUAAUGUUUCUAAUCAAGAGAGGGGUUGGAUGAAAAGGCUGAUAUUCUCUAGUCAAAUACUUGUAGAAAUGCCAUCAAUUGUUUACAUAACAAUGUCAAGUUUUAUUA